GUUGACAAGGUUUAAAUUGUUGUUUACAAACCAUCACCAGACGAAGCGUUCGUGGAUUCCAAAUUGUAUGUGUGCUGUUUUGUUGUUAAUAUUUUGAAAAUUAGUGUGUAUUUAAGCUACGGAUUAGGUUUUAUAAUGGCUCUUAACAAUCCUAAACCGGCCAGUAACAGGAAAUCGAAAAGUCCAAAGGCGGAGGGUGUGUUCCCGGACGAUAAAACCAUCGCCAAUCGUUAUAUUACGUGGAAAAACUUGUUAGAUAAAUACAACAAACAAUUCGAGAACGAUGAGAACGGUCUGACGCUCGACGAUGCGGUUGACUUGUACGGGGAAACGGAUAAAGAAACUGACGACCAGCAGCAAACUGUCGAAGAAGCGAGCGAAAGCAGCGAUGAUGAUGAUGCGUCGGACAAGGAGAAUGAACAGUCGGGCAGCAGUUACGCUGCGUUAAAGGACCAGCUGCAGGUUGCCCUGAAGCAACGGACCGCCGAGUGGAAGUGCAACGGGAUGGAGCAGAUUUUUAAUAGCAAUUUUUCCCUCAGCGUUGAUCACGUACAGCGGUGGCUGCAGCAGGGGUGUCAGCCCGGCACGGGCAAGCAGAUAACGCAGGAGCGGGAAACACGCUUCACGGAGUACGAUGGAAGCGCCCAGAUGGACGUGACCCACAAGGAGAACGUCUCGAUACUGAACGAGACGGCAAAGCAACAGUAUGAAAUGGAAAACCAUUCUAGCUGCGUGUACUCGGACAGCAAUCGCAGCAAGCGGGUCAUUGUGCACCAGGUAGAGAAGACGAUCAUUUCCUCCUACCUGACGAUCGAGCCGGAAGGUGCCAGUGGGUCGCCGGGCACAGUGUCUAGGUUGGAUUUGAACAGUCUGGUCGAAAGCAUUCCGAACAUUACGCCAUUCAAAAUGCCCACGCAACUGUCGAAAGCAUCGGCAAGGGACAGGAUAAUGCAGCUUGCGAAAGGAGGCAGCAGUAGUAAGGGUGUCAACAUCGACGCGCUUAAAAAGACGAAUGUGGGCAGCAUCUUGAAAAGUGCGUUGAAUUCGGUGCCCAAAACGCGCGUCAUCGAUGAUGUGAAGAAUCGGAGCAAAAGUGGCAAUCAGCAGCAGAAACAGCAGCACCGAGUUCAAUUUAAGCCAACGAAAAAGGUAAAGCGUGGACGAACUAUCCUCGACUCCUCGGAAUCAUCCGGUAGCGAAUCGUCUGCAUCAACGACGGAGAGCACAAUUCGCACGUCUACGCCUUAUGCCCGGAAACAAACCGUAUCGGACCACAUGAAAAACACCUUCAAACAGAUGGAAAAUAGCAAAACAGCACCAAAAGCUGCUGAUAAACAGCUGCCCGCUACAAAAGAAAGGUCAAAUUUCACCAAACGAAGCUCAUCUGUGUCCUCCACGUCCUCCACGCUUGAUAGCGAUGAUUCUGAACUAGAUAAACCACUAAUUCCAUCUGCCAAACAGACCAACAACCACCACCAAACACCUGUCACAAACGCGAAGAAAGUUCCCACACUCAAACCAUCCGCCGAAAAUGGUCAAACCCCCACACCUUCUCCAAGCGAGACCGUCCAGUAUCCGCUGCCCGACUACUUCCACCAGAUGUUGACCAGAAAUGGGCGCUGUCAGUACAAAACGCAGGGUAUUGUAAUUUAUCGCCCCAAGCAAACGCACCCCGACCGAGCAUCGGACCAGCCGAGCAGCAAGAUAUGCAUCAGCACGAAGGAUCUCGAUCUGAGCGGCAUCAAGUCGAGUGUGAGGCGAAAAAAGUUUGACGACUUUACGCGCCUAACCCACCCGAAUGCAACGCUCGUGUACUACGAGUCGGAGGAUGAAGCGAUACCGGUUAGCGAUUCGGACGACUCGGACUGUUCCGACGACGAUGACGAUGAUCCGAUACUGAACUUUAAGCCGGAGCUGUGCAUUUUGGCAUUUUUAAACGAUGACGUACAGGCAAGUUAAGCUACGGAAAGUGAGAGAAAGUAGAUUUACGUAGAGAUUGUGCUGUUAAUUUUGUAAAAAAAAAUGCAAUUUUAGUUAAAUUCUGCUGUCCUUUCGAAGGCUAUGCGUUACGAUCAGGGCAUAUCUUGUUAAACAGGCGGCUUAACAGCAUGUUCCCCAUCUGUAGGGGACACAGAAAAGACUAUCCUGCACAGGGUAAUACAACUUAGGCACUAGAAGCUAAUGCAUCGAGCAAUAACAAUAAGCAAAAACAAAAACCUCUGAAAGUAGAAAUACAGGACUGCAUGUAAUUAUCAACCAUUUCA